AUGACACAGACGAUUGCCCUGACCGAGUAUCUCUUUGCUCGCCUCAAGCAGCUCGGCGUCGGUGCCAUACACGGUCUCCCGGGCGACUUCAACCUCACCCUCCUGGAUUUCGUAGAGCCCAGCGGCCUCACAUGGGUGGGAAACGCCAAUGAGCUGAACGCAGGCUACGCUGCUGAUGGCUACGCCCGAAUCAAGGGUCUUGGUGCCCUCAUUACCACCUUCGGAGUAGGCGAGCUGUCGGCCAUUAACGCCAUCGCCGGUGCUUAUGCCGAGCGGGUGCCUGUCGUACAUAUAGUCGGUGUGCCUUCUCGUGAGCUGCAAGACUCCAGGGCCACGGUACAUCAUACUUUCAAUGAUGGCGAUUUUGGCAGGUUUGCACUGAUGGCUGCCCACGUCACUGUCGGCCAGGAGAAGCUCUGGGACCCGAGAGACGCCCCCCAGCAAAUCGAUUCUGUUUUGCGGAAAUGCCUUGUCCAUAGCAGACCAGUCUAUAUUGAGAUCCCCGUCGACAUGGUUGACGCGCAAGUGUCGCGCGAGAAUCUGAAUAUCCCCAUCACAUCGGGCAACGUUCUUCCAGGCGCCGGACAAGCAACAGCUCUCGACAAGGUUCUGCAGAAGAUGGCCUCAGCAAAGCAGCCGGUGAUACUUGUUGACGGAGAGACGCGGUCGCUUGGAAUAGUCGAUGAAGUUCGCGCACUGGUCAAUAAAACCGGCUGGCCGACUUGGACGACCGGGUUCGGGAAGAGCAUCAUUGACGAAACACUUCCAAACUUCCAUGGUCUUUAUCGUGGUAGAUUUGCCACUCCUGAAGCAAGGGAAUUUUUUGAAGGCUCUGACCUGGUGCUGUUCUUUGGCGCACACCCCAGCACCACCAAUUCAUUCCACCUCAGCGCUCUACCUUCAAAAGAGAAGUCAAUUUGGUUCAAGGAUACCAAUGUUCUCCUGGGAUCAGAAAUUGUCAGAGACGUGCCCAUGAAAGCACUGAUGACUGAGCUAUUAAAACAGCUGGAGUCUUCUAAAUUCACCGUUUAUGAAACCUACCCCUCUCAAAUUCCAACAGACACCAUAUUGUCCUUUGACGGUUUACCUCGAGAUCAGCCUGUCACCCAGGAUCGGCUAUGGAAGGUGCUUGCCAAUUUCAUUAGACCUGGAGAUAUUGUCAUGGGGGAAACUGGCACGCCGGGAUAUGGAGUCCGGGAGUUCAAACUACCGGAACACACGCGAAUGGUGACGUUCUCAACGUGGCUCUCCAUCGGGUACAUGCUUCCAGCAGCACAAGGUGCGGCUCUUGCGCAAAGGGAGCUGCAGAAGGACAAGCAAGGACGAACCAUUCUCCUCAUCGGAGACGGAAGCUUCCAAUUAACAGCGCAGGAGAUUGCGACAAUGGUGCGGCAGAACCUUGACAUUGUCAUCUUUCUGUUCAAUAAUGAUGGAUACACAAUCGAGCGAUGUAUUCACGGGGCGAAUCAAGGGUACAAUGACGUGUCGCCUUGGAGAUAUCUUCAAGCUGCUAGUUUCUUCGGAGCCCCGGAGGAUAGCUACACGAAACGAGUCAAGACGUGGGGAGAGCUUGAGGAAACACUCGGCGACAAAGAGCUUUCCGAAGGGCGAGGUAUUAGAAUGGUGGAGGUCAUUUUGGACCGGGAUGAUGCCCCUGAAGGGCCAUUAAAGGUCCUUAUGUCCAAACAAAAACCUGGCAUCUAG